AUGUCACAGAAUUUACAUUUGUGCCAUUUGAUAGGAGAGCAACAGGAAUCGUCUUCCAAGAACUCUUUGCAAAAAGAAAAUUUUCUUUUAAUCCCAAUCUUCUCAUAUCUCUCUCUCUCUCUCUCUCUCUAUCUAUCUAUCUAUCAGCCUCCCUGUUGGUAUCUAUCUAUCUAUCUAUCUAUCUAUCUAUCUAUCUAUCUCAGUCUGUUCAUUAUCUAUCUAUCUAUUAGUCACCCUGUUGGUAUCUAUCUAUCUAUCUAUCUAUCUAUCUAUCUAUCUAUCUAUCUAUCUAUCUCAGUCUGCACAUUAUCUAUCUAUCUAUCAUAUUUUAUUCAUUAUCUAUCUAUUGUACUUUUUAUCAAUUUCAAACGCUUUUUCUUCUUUUUAUUUCUUCCUUUCUUUCAAACGCUUUUUAUUCACCGAAUCUUCUUCAAAAACUUCUUCUUUGCUGUUGUUCUUCCUUUUUGUCUUCUUCCUUUUCUUCUCCAUCGUUAUCGUCUUGUUCUUCUUUCUUUCUUUCUUUCUUUCUUUCUUUCUUUCUUUCUUUCUUUCUUUCUUUCUUUUAUUCUUUCAGCCGCUGUUUAUUCACCACCUCUUUUUCAAAAGCUUCUUUUUCUUUUUCGUCUUCAUCGUCAUUAUCAUCAUCAUCUUCUUCUUCUUCUUCUUCUUCUUCUUCUUCUUCUUCUUCUUUCUUUCUUUCUUUCUUUAUUUCUUUCAUUCGUUGUCUAUUCAUAUCUAUUUGAAACGCUUCUUCUUUUUUCUCCUUAUUCUUAUUCUUUCUUUCUUUCUUUCUUUCUUUCGUUAUGCUCACAUCUUUCUUUCUCUCUUUCGGAUCUAUCUAUCGUUCCCUUCUUUCUUUGUCUUUCUUUCUUUUUUUCACUAUGUUCCCAUCUUUCUUUCUUUCUUUCUUUCUUUCUUUCUUUCUUUCUUUCUUUCUUUCAAUCCAUGUUUAAUGACUCGAUCUUUUCCCCUUUCGAUGCAAUUAUUCAUUUUCAUGCUUUUCUUCUGUGUUGUACUGUCAAAUUGGAUUUUAGGACUCAUGCUACCACUCCAAGAGAUGAAGAUGCGCCUAGGAAGCCAAGCCUUCACCUAGUAAAUAAUAUCGCUUCUAUCUAUCUAUCUAUCUAUCUAUCUAUCUAUCUAUCUAUCUAUCUAUCUCAUUUUGUUCAUUUUCUGUCUAUCUAUCUAUCUAUCUAUCUAUCUAUCUAUCUAUCUAUCUAUCUAUCCUUUAAUCCCUAUCACUCUAUGCAAGACAGAAAAACCACUAAGAGGCAACAAGGGCGAUUGGCUUUAAUUUUUUUCAUCUAUCUAUCUAUCUAUCUAUCUAUCUAUCUAUCUAUCUAUCUAUCUAUCUAUCUAUCUCAGUUUUCUAGCCCUUUUUGUUCAUCUAUCUAUCUAUCUAUCUAUCUAUCUAUCUAUCUAUCUAUCUAUCUAUCUAUCUCACUCUGA